AUUACACAUUCUAUAAAUUUGAUCCUAAAUAUAAAAAGUCAACAAUUUUUAGCCCUCAAUGCUUACAAAAUUUGACAUUUUAGUUCUAAUUCUAAAAAAUUAAAUAAAUUUAACUUUCAACAUUUACAAAAUUUUUCAAUUUAGUUGUAACUCUAAAAAAUUUAAAAAUAUUUUUAAAAAAAUCAUUUUUAGCCCUUUAUAACCCAUUGAUUAACUAGUGAUGGGAACGGGGUGGAGAAAUUUUUUACUUGCCCUGACAACGACAUGAUGCUCUACUGCCAUGCCCUACCUUGACCCAACCCAACCCCGACUUUAAAAAAAAAUUUAACACUCUCCAAACCCAAAAUCGAAAAUUAGUAGUAUACCUAAGUUCGAUUCGAUCUGACCCUAGUUUAUUUAUUUCUUUAAUUUUUUGUGAAAUUGUAUUUUUUUUUUAAAUGAGAGGUUUUGGCACCAUUUUUAUUCGAUUUAUCUUUAGUGUUGUGUGCUAAUAUAUAUUUAUUCACAUGUUGUGAUUACAAUACAGAAGAAAAAAGGACAAAAGGUUCCUUUAAUAAAUUAGACCCUCCUCUUUAAAAACAUGUGGAUCUUAAGGGAAUCUGGGUCGGGUCAUCGGGUUGACCCCAAAACGACAUCAUUUUGGGGCAUUUAGGGCCACGACAAAACGGCUUUAUUUAUGUGCCCUAUUUAAGUAAAAAAUAUAAUAAAAAACAUUUCUACACAUUUUUUUUUAAAAGCUUCCUUCUUUUCUUUUUUUCUCUGAAAUCACCCUUGAAUUCGCCCACUAGGCCGUUGGCACUCCGUCAUGGCCAUCGGUCAUCAGCGACGGUAGGCGUAACCUUCGGUGACCAGAGUUGUAAAAAAACCCCUUUUUUUAUCUCAGUUUCGUGAAGAACUCGAAUCUAAGGCCGAAAUCCCUAAAAUCUAGCCAGAAUUCGAAAAAGUAAAAGGGACAUUUAGGUUCCUGGCUCUCCUUCGACGCUGCCUUUCAGCGAAUCCCCAAGGAUUCAACGACCUUUUUAGAACUGGAAAUUUUUAUAUCUCUUUGCUUUUUCUUCGUGUCUAUUGCAAUUUGAUUAUUCGGCUUUUAUAGCCGAGUGAUUACAAAUAUUUGUUUUUGUUUUUUCUGCUUCUGUCUUUUUCUUUCUUCUUUGCAAGUCGCGAUGGUGGUCAACGACGAUGGGAGUCGCACCCUUGCCAUUUCGGUGAAAUGAUGAUAGGGGAGGCAGUCCUCAAGCGUCGCAUCUACUGAUGUGGCCAAGAGCAGCAGCGCAUAGGGGAUCUAGGGUUUUCAGUUUUUUUAAAAAAAGUUUAGGUUGUGGCCUAUUGGGCUUUGGGAUUUUGUAUUGGUUUGGGCUUGUAAUUUGAGUUUUAUUUAUUUUGUCUUUGUUUGGGUUACGAACAAAAUUGGGUUACAACAAUAGAUACUUACGUUGUUUUAUUCUAUUCCUACCUUUCUCUUCCUAUAUUACGUCUUUCCUUUUUCUUUUUGGUUGCCUUUGAUUUUGUGUUUAGGUUUUGCAUAAUAAUCCAAGUUGCAAGGAAAGUGAUAUAAGAUGGAAGAAGAGCAAAGCGAGUUUCGACACUGGGAUCAACUACCUCCUGAUGUAUUGGGGUUGAUCUUCACCAACCUGUCGCUACAAGAGUUACUGGUGGUCAUUCCCUGUGUCUGCAAAUCCUGGUGUAAGGCAAUCACGGGUCCCUAUUGUUGGCAAGAUAUAGAUCUUGAUGAAUGGACCUGUCGCUGCCAGCCCCACCAUCUCGAUCGGAUGCUUCGACUGCUAGUCACAAGAAGCAGUGGAUCUCUCCUCAGCCUACAUGUUGCAGGUCUUCAGAAUGAUUCCAGUUUCUCAUUCAUCACAGAGAAUGCUGGCUCCCUUCAGGUUUUACGAGUGCCCCUAACUGGAAUAAGUGGUUCAGUAGUAGAAGAAACAGCCCAAAGGCUUUCCACAAUCACUUCCUUGGAUUUGAGUUACUGUCCCAAAAUUGGUGCCAAAGCUAUAGAGGCCGUUGGAAGGCACUGUAAAUUUCUUGUUACUUUUUGCCGCAACAUGCACUUUCUGGAUUCAGCAGACAAGGUCGAACCGGAGGAUGAGGCGAAUGCAAUAGCAGCUACAAUGCCAAGGCUAAUGCAUCUUGAGUUGCAGUUUCAUUUUAUCAGCACGGAAUGUGUUCUCAAUAUCCUUUCUGGUUGUCCUCAUCUUGAACAUUUGGAUAUAGAGGGUUGCCUGGAAGUGGAACUUGAUCAUCUGUUCCUUAAAGACAUGUUCCCAAAGCUAAAGAAUCUGCUGGGGCUGCGCUCGAGAAAUGAUGGUGGACCGUACGUCGGUUAUCAUGAAUUCAUUGACUGGAUCUCUUAUUUGGGAAUGUGGGCGGAAUGUAGGUGGACCGUACAUCGGUUAUCAUGAAUUCAUUGACUGGAUAUAUGGAUUCUCUUAUUUGAGAAUGUGGGUGGAAUGUUGGUUGAAUGGAGAAAUUAAAUUACCUCUUUCAGUAAUAGAAUGUGCCAUUCCAUGCCCUUCAUUUA